AUGAAAAAAGUCCACAUAUAAUCCCAAUUACCAAUUGAACAUUUUAAAGAACAUAUACACGUAGAUUUCGCCAAUCCCUUUUUAGGAGGAGGAGUUUUAUCAUCAGGACUAAUAUAAGAAGAAAUAAGAUUUAUUACAUUCCCAGAAUGCAUUGUUUCAAUGAUUUUUUUCGAAAAACUAGAAGAUAAUGAAGCUGCUAUAAUUUAUGGAGCUGAAUAAUUUUCUUAAUAUAAAGGAUAUGGAAAAUCAUUCCAAUUUAAUGGGGAUUUUACUGAAAAAUAUAAUGUAAUUUAAGGAGAAAAAAACAUUAUUGAUACUGUUUUAGUAGCAAUUGAUGCCAUACAUUUUUAACAAGAAUAAAUUAAUCUAUAAUAUAAUGAAUUUUUUAGAAAUAGAGAAAUAAUUAAAGCUUUAGCUGGAUUCGAAGGAAUCAAAAUCGAAGAAUAAAACAAUUUUGCAAACUAAAAAAAAAGUAUCGUUACUGGAAAUUGGGGAUGUGGAUAUUUUAAAGGAGAUAAAGAAUUAAAAUUUAUGAUUUAAUGGAUUUGUGCUUCGCUGAGUUAAAGAGAUAUGAUUUUUUGUACUUAUAAUGAUAAAGAUUAGGAAUUUAGAACAAAUGAAAUUUACGAAAUUCUAAAAGAUAAAUAUACAGAUUAAGUUUAUCUUAUUUUUAAAGAAUAUUAUUAACUUUAAAAAUAAGCUUAAGGAAAAUAAAUUAUUUCUUUAUUUAAUUUUAUUAUUUAACUUGCUCACUGA